AAUUAAUGGAACCUACUAGAAUAGUGAAGUCAAUAUUUUGGCUCACAUCGUUAACAGGAUUUGGUUAUUUAUUGAUGCUUGCUACCACACCAACUCAGGAGACAUUAAAAAAAACUUCAAAGGAUUAUCCAGGUAUAGAGGGUGACAGAUCCAACCGCAAGUCAGACAAGUUCAUAAAUGUUUUAGAAACUGCCUCUAAAUCAGACAAACCAUUUUACCGAUUGUCCAAGAAAGAAAUUGACGAUCUUGUGAAAAAAUAGUCACUAUUUAGAAAUUAAGUGUUUUGUAGUAGUUAAUUUAUAGCUUUUUAUAAAAAAAUUAAAAAAAAACUUUUGCAAAAAUAACCAUGGAACUAAUCAGUGAUAGUGUAGAUAAAAUUAACACUCUUAAAAACAGAGAGCUAGAGAGGAAGUUGAACUUACAAAAGAAACAGGAAACAAAGAAAUCUUUUAUGGCUGAAAAUGAACAGAUGGAGUUUUUCCAGAGAACUUUUAAUGAGAAACAAAAUUAUAUUGAGAGCCUUUUAAAAAAAUCACAGACCCUGUCAAAAGAAGAGUUGCCAGAGCACUUUAACACUAUUUCGAAGGAAAUCCUUAUGCUGCAAAAAUACGUUGCGGCUUCAAACUUGUUUUUGCGUAAUUAUUUCUUGCAAAAAUGCCAAAACGUGUUGCAAGAGUUGAGCUUGAGGGCUCAAGAGUUAGAAAAUGAUCUUCUGCCCAAGAAAAAAUUUGGUUUUAAGAACAAGGCAAAAGGAAAUGACGUUGCAAAAGGGGCUGAUACCAUAGACUUUGCCCUUAAGGCAGCAACGAAUGGAAACGUGAAAACUCUAAAAGAAAAUUCACUGGGGAUCGAAUGUGGCUUUCACAAAAGAUCUAAUGAAACUUUAAGCUUGAGUGCCGAAGAAAUUGCCAAAAAAGACGUUUGCUUGGAACACCUUACAAAUUGCACUGUGUACCUCAAAGGUUACCCAAGCACUUUGCACCUUAACCACUUAUCAGACUGUAAAAUUUUCUCUGGUCCAGUGUCCACGUCGAUUUUUGCAGAAAACUGCUUUAACAGCACCCUAGUGAUAGCUUGUCAACAGCUUCGCCUCCAUGCCUCGACAAAAGUCGAUAUCUACCUACACGUGACCAGUAGGGCGAUUAUGGAAGAUUGUAACAACAUCGCUAUUGCGCCGUACAAUUGGAGUUACGAUACUUUAGACACAGAUUUUGUAAAUGCAGGGUUGGAUAAGGAGAUAAACAAUUGGAGGUGUGUGGAUGAUUUUAAUUGGUUGAACGCGGAGAUGCACUCGCCUAAUUGGAGGGAAAUGGAGGAGGAGAAACGGGUUAAAGAGUGGACCUGAUGGUGGGACAUGUGGGCUGUGGGGGUCUUUUUAGUAGCAAUUUUUAUACUGUUUGGCAGCGUUUGUAUAUAAUGGUUAUUAUAGCUUCUUUUGGAUAUUUAAUAAACUUAAUAUUUCAUUGGU